AUGGAUGCGUCUACGGGGAUUGGAGCCGCGCUGACAUUAACCCUCUCCGACGAUGGAUUUUGUGCUGCCCACGUGGAUGGAAAGGACCUGGUUGUCUACACCAACCCUGCCUCAGAAAAUAAGGAGGCUCAGAUCGCCAGGAUCAAAGAAAGUGGCGUCAAAUAUCUGAAAUUCUGUCCUAUUCCGGCAUCAUCCAGAGGACCCAAUGAGAAUACACAACGAAGGCUUCUCAGUGCCAAUGACUCUCGAAUCACAGUCUGGCAGCUGGAGCCAUUGCAAAUCUUCGCCGAAAUCGAGAAUCUCGAGCCCGGGGCACUGAGCAUCGACUUUGGGAGCGAUGGCAACGAGAUCCUCGUGUUUCAUGCUUGGAACACAAAAUUGACGAUUCAUUUCCUUCAUACUAGCCGGAGCUCUGUGAUCAAAACGCCAAAGGCUGCCCACCCACUGGGCUUUGGAUAUCGCCCACAUACCAGACAGUUUGCCAUUUUGCUGAAGCCUGACGCCUCCGAUCUUUUGACAAUACACGCGCCUCAGACCUACGAGCUAGUAGGCCGCGCUGUUCUACCUACUAUCGAUGCCCAAGGAUUGAAAUGGAGUCCCGACGAGAAAUGGAUUGCUGUCUGGGACGUGGCUAGUGGGGGCACGAAAGUCUUGAUUUUCACUGCGGACGGACAGCUUUUCAGGACAUAUACGGGGCCGGCAGUCUCAGACGAGGCUUUUGACUUGGGGGUGAAGCAGAUUGAGUGGAGUCCCGCAGCUGGUCCCAACGGACCUUCUGAGGUUCUCGCUGUGGGCAAAGUAAACGGUACUAUUGAUCUGCUACGAACUCGCACGUUCUCAUCUUCAAUUACCCUGUCACAUGUUUUCCCAGCCGAUCAAAUUGCACCAACUAUCUGGCGAGAGCGUUUUACCAGUGCUCUCGGUGACGGCGACUACGUCGAAACCAUAAGCUCCUCUGCAUCCAACAUGAGCCCUGAGUCGUCAGGGCCACUACGAGGCGUCACAAUGUUGACUUUCAGUUCUGACGGUAAUCUUCUGGCAACCGUGGACUCCACGCGAUCCAACGUUGUUUGGAUAUGGGCUCUAGAUGGCACUCCCAGGUUGGCUUCUGCUUUGGUACAUGAGCAACCCGUUCGACAGUUGACCUGGCACUCUUCAACACCACAGCUGCUCAUCAAUACCAUCACCAAUACACUUCCUUCUAUACGAUGGUGGUCACCAAAUACUCACCCCGUGAUAGCUCGCGUUCCCACCCAAAGGAGCGAAAGUGGCAAGUAUGAAGUGAAAUGGCUCGCGGAAUCAGAACCCGACUCAGCGUUUUGGUUUGCGUCUACGGAGGAAUAUGUGGUAGGCUAUUUGUCUGCUGAAGAUGACUCAGUGAAAUUUGAGGUGUUGAAUUCGGUGACAAGUCAAGGGUAUGGUGGACAUGCUGGAAGUAUGAUGAGCAGAUAG